GCAAGAUUGUCUUCCUCUGGUCACGGGACUGCUCCUUCACCAGGACCUGAUUUAGGGAAAAGAUUCAUCAAAAUGCGUAAAAUAACAACUUGGAGAACGGCUGGCGGAGGUCACAGUGCGCACGAAGUGAAGUCCGUACAGGUUUAGUACGGGAUUCAUAUCCUAUGAAUGAUAUGUGUAGCGGUAGAGAAUACAGUACUGUGUCCAUACGAGCUCACAGCGACGCAGCUUUAUCGAUUCUUCUGCUCAAGUCCGGAAGUGAACUUUAAACGAGUUUGGGAAAUACUAGGCUAUUUGUUGAAUGUGAAGCGAGUAUGUCUGCAGACCCACAGAUAGUUGUAAUCGGAUGCGGGAUAUCAGGUGUCGCAGCGGCACACAGACUUGUUAAAUCUGGAUUUCAUCAUGUGCGGAUAGUAGAGGCGACUGCACGAAGCGGAGGACGAAUAAAAACAGGCAGACUGGGUAACAACAUUGCGGAGAUAGGUGCAAGUUAUAUCCAUGGUCCAUCUGAGGAGAACCCACUGUUUUGUCUGGCUCGUGACUACGGGCUCCUGGAUCCAAAGGCCCUCACCGCAGAGAACCAGGCCAUGGACAUCGAUGAACGUCUUCCCUGGGUUCCCAACUGGUUCAGCAGUUCAGGCCAGAGGCUGAGCACUGAACACAUGAGUCCUGCUCUGGAGAUGUUUAAUGAGCUAUUGAAUGAUACUUCACAAUUUAAGAAUCAAGAAGAAACACCCUGGGCCAGCGUUGGACAUUUCAUACGAUCAGAGGCACGUCAGCGAGCAGCAGAGAGGUGGAAGGAUAAGGAUAAAUCCACCAGGAAGCUGCUACUGUGUGCCGUCAGUGCCAAGUUGAAGGAGGAGUGUUGUGCCAGUGCAGCUCACUCCAUGGAUGAGAUAGACCUGGUGGGGUUUUGUAUGUACAAGGGUCUAAGUGGCCUGGACUGCACAUUCCCAUGUGGCUUUGAAGGCCUAAUCAAGAACUUGAUGUCUGAGCUCCCCGCUGAUUUAGUGACUUACAAUCGGCCUGUGAGCUGCGUCCACUGGAACAACACCAAGAACGGAGUGAACACUGUGAUUGUUGAAUGCGAUGGUGGGGAGAGGAUUGCUGCUGAUCAUGUUAUUGUCACAGUGCCUCUAGGGUACCUUAAGAAGCACCAUUCAACCCUGUUCUGUCCUCCUCUCCCGACACACAAGCUCCAGUCCAUCCACAAACUAGGAUUUGGAACGUGCAACAAAAUAUAUGUAGAGUUUGAUUCCCCGUGGUGGGAUGCAGACUGUGACGUCAUCUACCUGGUGUGGAGAGAUGAGGAGGACAUUUUGGACCACGUGUCAGACAUCAGCAAAUCCUGGAUAAGGAAGAUGUCAACAUUCACUGUGCUAAAACCCUCUGAAAGGUGUAGCCACGUUCUCUGUGGCUGGAUUACUGGGCACGAGUCAGAGUAUAUGGAGACGCUCCCUGAGCAGGAGGUCAGAGAUUCCAUCACAGAGCUAAUCCGCACAUUCACAGGAAACGCUACCAUCACACCGAGGAGAAUCCUGCGCUCACAGUGGUUUCAUGACCCCUGGACGUGUGGAUCGUACUCUCAUCCAGCAAUAGGCUGUUCAGCCCAGGACCUGGAGAAUAUGAUGGAGCCGCUGCCUACGAAGGGAUCUCACUCACAGCCCCUGCAGGUGUUGUUUGCUGGAGAGGCCACUCAUCCCUGCUUCUACUCAACGGUCCAUGGAGCUCUUCUCACCGGGUGGAGAGAAGCUGAUCGACUCAUCUCUCACUACUCCUGCAUCAGCCAAUCAGUAGUACUGCUAGAUAUUAGUGUAGUAAACCACCUACAGUUUAACCCAGCUAUGGCUAAGAGUGUGAGCGCUAAUAUAGUGAUAAUAGGAUCCGGGAUAUCGGGUGUAGCAGCCGCACACAGGCUCCUUAACGCCGGAUUUCAGCAUGUGAGGAUACUUGAAGCGACUGCACGAAGCGGAGGACGAAUAAAAACAGGCAAACUGGGUGAUAAUAUUGUUGAGAUCGGAGCAAACUGGAUCCACGGACCUUGCGAAGAGAACCCAGUGUUCUGUCUGGCCCGCAAGUACGGGCUCCUGGAUCCAGAGUCCCUCACCCCGGAGAACCAAGCCAUGGACGUUGGAGGACAUCCCCCCUGGGUUCCCAACUACUACACCAGUUCAGGUCAGAAGCUGAAUGCCGAGGACAUGAAUCCUGCUAAGGAGAUGUUUGCUGAGCUGCUGAUUGAAAGUUCAGAAUUUCAGAGUCAAGGAGGAGAACCCUGUGCCAGCGUGGGAGACUUCAUACGGUCAGAGAUGCAUCAACGAGCAGCAGAGAAGUGGAAAGAAACUGAUGCAACCACCAGGUCUCUGCGACUGUGUGCGAUCACUAACAUGUUGAAGGUGGAGUGCUGUGUUAAUGGGUCUCACAGCAUGGAUGAGGUGGGCCUGGGGGCCUUUGGCCUCUAUGAGACUCUACCUGGACUGGACUGUACAUUCCCAGGUGGCUAUGAAGGUCUAAUCAAAAACUUGAUGUCGGAGCUCCCCACUGGUUUAGUGACCUACAAUCAGCCUGUGCACUGCGUCCACUGGAACAACACAGAGAAGAAACAAAACCCUGUGAUCAUUGAAUGCGAUGCUGGGGAAAGGAUCGCUGCGGAUCAUGUUAUUGUCACAGUUCCUCUAGGAUACCUAAAGAAGCACCAUUCAGCCCUGUUCCGUCCUCCUCUCCCGCUACACAAGCUGCACUCUGUCCAGAGACUGGGUUUUGGAACAAACAAUAAAAUAUUUGUGGAGUUUGAUUCACCAUGGUGGGAUGCUGACUGUGAAGUCAUCUAUCUCCUAUGGGAAGAUGAGGAUGUCAUGCUGGACGAGGUGCCAGAUGUACAGAGAUCCUGGAUAAAGAAGCUGUUUGGGUUCACUGUGCUAAAGCCCACUGAGAGGUAUGGCCAUGUUCUGUGUGGCUGGAUUGCCGGGCACGAGUCAGAGUAUAUGGAGACCGUGUCUGAACAGGAGGUCACGCAAAACGUCACACAACUCAUCCGCAGGUUUACAGGGAACCCGACCAUCACACCGAGGAGAAUCCUUCGCUCACAGUGGUUUCACGACCCCUGGACGUGCGGAUCCUACAGUUACCCUGGAAAAGGCUGUUCGGUGCAGGACCUGGAGAACAUGAUGGAGCCCCUGCCGACGAAAGGAUCACAAGCACAUCCCCUGCAGGUGUUGUUUGCUGGUGAGGCCACUCAUCCCUGCUACUACUCAACGGUCCAUGGAGCUCUUCUCACCGGGUGGAGAGAAGCUGAUCGACUCAUCUCUCACUACUCCUCCAUCAGCCCGUCUGAGCUGCACAAGUCAAAGCUUUAACUGAACAAUGCUGCUAUGAGAGAUUUAUCAGAUGUGUAGCCAAAGUCUGCCACUGUGUGUAAACCUCCUGUUUAUUUAAAUCAGUCACCUAAAAUCUUCCUUCAGAUCUUGUGACAGUGCUGAUUUCUGUGCAUUGAAAUAAUGUCAACUAUGAAAGGCAAAAUACGCAAAUGAUCAAUACAGUUCAUAUUUUCAUUUAAUACAUUAAUGCUUUAAAUAUUAACUGAUUAAAGGUCUGUUUGUAUAUCUUAGUAAAGAAAAAGGAAUGAACUUGAAAUGUAAUUACACACGUUAUAUUCCGGUUUACGAAUCAGCUCAAUAACAAAUGCAGUUUCAAGAAUUAAUUGUGAUUUUGUAACUUCAUUGUCUUGUUUUAAGACUGAAUUCCAUACAGUUUUCAACUUUCCCUGUUGGUAAUCUAAUUAUUGAUUAUGGGUGAUUGUAAUUAACUGUCAUAUAUAUCUUUAAUAGAUUAUAAAUGUAUUAUUACAUUAUUUUAACUGUUCUGUUUUAAGUCAACGAGUAAAUGAAACAUUUUAUAAAGUU